AUGGAACCCGAUAAGUCCCAGUUUGUUACCGUGUAUGUUAAGCCUUUUGAUGCUGAUUGGAAUGUUUCACAUCAGAGAUGUGUUGCUGUAAUUACUUCUGGUUCUUGUUUUUCUUCAACUCACAGGAAACGAUUGCAGCUCAUUCUCUCCUCCCCUCUUGGAAGACUAAGGUCUCUUACUAAUUUUGAGCUGUCUACAAACUAUCUCACUGGUCCAAUACCUGGUUCUUUAACAAAUUUAUCUAGCCUUGUCGUUUUUCGCUUUGGUAAAAACAACCUUUCUGGCAACAUCCCUCAAGAUAUAGGAAGGCUAAAAUCUCUUACAGUCUUAGAGUUGUCCGUAAACAGUCUCAGCGGUUCAAUUCCUGCUUCUUUAACCAAUUUGUCUAGGCUGGACACUCUUUCUCUUGAUGCAAACCAACUCUCUGGUACCAUUCCUCAAGAUAUCGGGAGGCUAAGUUUUCUUACAACCCCUCGAGAUAUAGGAAGGCUAAAGUCUCUUACUGUCUCUCAUUUGUACAGAAACAAUUUCACUGGUUCUAUUCCUACAUCUUUGUGCAGUUUGAGCAAUUUGACAAUUUUUUCAGUUUACCAAAACCAACUCUCUGGUGCACUCCCUCAAGAUCUAGGAAGUCUAAGGUCUCUUACUGUCUUACGUCUUAACCAAAACAAAUUCACCGGUUCAAUUCCUGUUUCGAUAGGUAAUUUGAGCAGUUUAACUGAGUUGUCUCGUUUUCGAAACAAAUUUUUUAGUGGUUCACUGCCAACUGGAAUCAGCAAUUUAACAUAA